CCCUGAAUCUUUCCUGAUUAUAUACCGUGAUGAAAUAAAAUAGAUAAUUUUGAAAUACUUUAUUAUUGUCGUCAUAUUUUAUAACUAACUGACUGUAUAUAGUUACUCGCCUAGGCCCGGCAGACGGCAGGGCUCACAUGUUCCUGCUGUAAACAAGAGUGAGUGAGUGUAGCAGCAUGGCCCUCGCUACCCGCCUCACGGUGGACCACAAGGCGGGCAAACCAACAUUUGAACUCCCUGUCUAUGUCCGUGAUUCAUUUGGAAAUUUAGUGGGUGAAGAUAUGCAGAAACAAGCAACCGCUUCUAUUGUAAUCUUGAAACAUGUGGAUACCCGUCUUCAGAAUCACAAUGAGGGUGAGCUGCCUGGUGAUAUUUCGUAUAUUGUUUUUCGGCUGGUGAGCGGGUUAAUGUCAAAUAGGCCAAGAGCACGAGAAGGCUUUUACACGACACUUCAGGCUUUGCUUCAGCUUCAGCCUUCUACUGUGCCUGUCACCUUCCACACUGUUACAGAGAAUUGGAGUAAAAACAGAGCAUUCAGUAAAUAUGAAAUUAAGGACAAGAUCUUGGGAGAACUUCUGACUUUUGGAGCCCUGAUCCGGUCUGGUCAAGCUAAUUACCAUUCUGAUAUGCAAUCAAAGAUCAUCUCCCGGCUGCUGCAAAUAAGAAAAAUAAAAUCCUAUAUGGAUAUUAUAGCAACCCAGUUUUUGGUCAACCUUGUAGAGAAAUGUGAAGGAAGUGUCACAUUCAAGAAUCUUUGGAACCACUUAGAGAAAGAAAUAUCAGCACCGGUAGAGGAGCUAAACCCAAGUUCUCUGUGGUUGCGCCUGGUGCUGUUGAGGACACACAAGUACAAGCCCCCAGUGUGGCUUAACUCAAGUUUAGACCCCAAGAAUUAUUGUGCUAUUGGCCAGAUUUUAAUGGAAACGUUAACAGCACUGCCCAUGGUUCACCCACUGUUAGAAGAGGUUGUAAUUGGUCUGGCACCUGAUGACCGCACCACAAAUUCACAUCUGGUAAAGUUUUGGUGUGAGGGACUAGCACCAUGUUUGGAACAUCCCUCAACUAAAAAAUUGCAGCUGCUCUUCAUUGUUUUACAGUUAAUUCUUCCUAAACUGAAAAAAGGAUCUGAGAUAGAUGCUGUAUUUCCUACCUCCAUGGUAGUGUUGUUGCUGACUUCUGUGUCCAGAUAUGAUAAAGACCUUAGUUUGUCUGCCAGAGGUCUUGCAUCAGCACUGCUUCAGCUGGUUACUGCUAACCAAGAUGAGGACAGUGAUGUACAGUUGACUGUUGUAAAGAAACUCAUCGUUCCUCCGGGCAGUGUGCGAUUUGAUCAUCUGACAGGAACAAAGUUGUUGACACAAAUGAAAACUAAUUAUACCUUGACUACUAUCAAAGGCCUAGCAAAAAUCCUGAUCAAGAUUAUUAGAAGGCAAAUUCCAAAAGUGAAGCCUGCUGAUCAGACCUUUGCAGCACAUACAUUGACAAACCUGGUGAUGCAUCCUAAGGUGACCAAUGCAGAUCAUCUCACAUGGAGGGCUGAGCAGCUGAUGGUUCUGAUGAAGAUGGCAUUCUUCACUCCAGGUCCAGCCGACCUUAUACAGGAUUUUAGAGAUGCUUUCUUUAAAACACUUACACAUCUAACUGGACACAUUAAAGAGUACAAGAUAGUAUUGCUGAACCUUGUGAAUUUCGCUGAUAAAGAAUUACAGUUAUGUGAGACGACUGGCACCUCACCUCUCAGCAUAGAGGCAAAGAAUUUGUGGUCUCAGAUUCUUGGAAAGUUGCUUAUCUUUGAAGAUGGAGACCAGACAUCUAUAUCAAAUCAAGUGUUUCAGGUUUUGUAUGGCCAGAUGGCUCUCCGCCUGUUUUUUGAACCUGAGGGAGCAAAAGAUAUUAUCGAUGAACUUAAUGCUUGCCAGAGAGAGGUGAUGAAAAAGGGAAGUGCUUGGAAGAAAGGAAAUGCUUCUAAAGCAGAGGAUGGAUUGGAAGAGCCACACUGGGUGGAGGUGGUGACUGAGCUGUUAAUAAGUCUUUUGGCACAUGAGAAACGAAUAUUCAGGUCUAUGGCACAAGGUGUGUUCUGGUUAAUGUGUCCUGAGAUAACAGCCACUGCACUUACCCUCAUCACAGACGUCUUAGAUCCAUCCAAGACAAGUGAGCUCAUCAGCAAGGAAGAAAGUGAUGUUGAGGAUUCAGAAAGUGAUGAUGAAAAGGAUGAUGAUAAAAUGGAGGAAGAGGAUGAUGAAGAAUUGGAAGACAAAGAUGAAAAUGAGGAUGUGGAUGAUGAAAAUAUCUUUGACAUCAAGAAAAAAAUGUUGUCAAUCUCUGGGAAUGGUGAUGUGGAUAUAGAUAUUGACGACAUUCCAGAGGAAGAAUUGAAUAAGCUAGACAAGCGCCUGGGUGCUCUGUUUUCAGAAUACCAGGCCAGACGAAGAGGCAAAAGGUUAGGAGCCUUUGACAAGUUGGCACAAGAUGAAAAAAGCCUCAUGAAUUUCCGAUCAAGAGUGUGUGACCUGAUAGAUGUGUACAUCAAGGAAGCCUGCAACAUGGGCCUCUUAAUGGACUUAGUUACUCCACUCUUCAUCGCCCUCCUAACUGCUGACCAAGAUCACCGACAGAGAGACCUUCAGAGUAGGCUCAGGCACUGUAUAAACCUGCUCGGGAAAAUUCAGAAAUUCACCAGCGUAGGAGAUGCAACCGUUGAUACAUUAAUAGAAACCUUUAACAACUUCUUCAACAAUGCAUAUGAGAUACCUGAGAGCUAUAGUCCCUUGGUGCAAGAAUGCUAUAUAUUUCUAUUCCGCUGUGGCCGCCAACUCCUAGAAGAGGAGUUCCACAAACCAAACAAUCCACUCACUCAAGCUUACAUAAGCCACCUGGAGAGCUACUUUGCUGAAAAAUCUUGUUCUCUCAAACUUGAGGCAUUCCUGGAUCCUUGUUCUUCUAACAUUGGUGGAUUGUGGACCAUUGCAGAAUUUGCAGUGAAGUGUGGUUUUGACCCAGGAGUCAAGGUUUUUCGCCAAAUGCAGGCACUUGGGGUUCUAAAGAAGUUGUACACAAAUAAAGCAUUGCUAACCCAAGGGAAUAAAGAAGAUAUUACCAGAAUUGAAGGAGAACUCUCUAAGAAGACAGUGGAUGCUCUGAACUCAUUCCAGACUCCAGAGUCUAUAAAUGGUGCAUAUAUGGCAAGUCUUUUUGCCGUUCUUGUGAUCAUCCAUAAGAACCAUGCACAGAAAGGGUCGCCUAAUAACUUCAACUGGGAUGAAAUUAAAGUUGCAGUGAUAGGAGUCCGUCAACGCAUUUCAGGAAAAUCACUGAAUGCCUUCAGAAAACCAUACAAUGCUCUACAACAAGCUCUCAGACUUCCUAAAGUGGUUUAUGGUGUAAAAAAUCUCCAAAGUAAAAAUACUGACACAGCAACAAUCAAAGCUUCACAGGAGGAGUGUAUCAAUGAAGGUGAAGCUGUUAAAGAUUCUAAAAGGAAAAAGAAAAGGGAGAAAAGGGCAAAAAAGGCCCAAAAUGUAGAAGAGGAAGACGGUAAUACAAUUGAGAAAGCAACAGAAGAAAAAGUUGAGGAAGCAACAGUUGAGGCAUCAAUAGAAGAAGAAAAUGGGAAACAAAAGAAGAAAAGAAAACAAAGCACGUCCUCACAUCAGAAACAGAAGAAAAAGAAGAGAAGCGAGUGAUUCAGUCUCUUGUGAAAUCAAAGAAGGAAGAAUAAAAGUUAAAAAGUAACAUAAUAAAGAUAGAGCAGUACAGUAUAUAUAUUUAUUGUUAUCAUUGACAUAAAAGAAAAAUAAAGGAAAUGUAUUAGA